CUAUCCUCUCGAGUCAUGGCAGCAACUCUCGAGCCCAUCGUUAUCCCGCCAAUCGUUAUCGAAAAGUUUACCUGUGCUGGCACGGGUUUGCGCUAUGACAACCAAGAACGCGUUGCCCCAGACGUUCUCCGCACUUUGCUACUUCCCAGUGGCGCGAGAAAUGGGAUAACGGAUCGAGAAAGGCCCAAGGCGUGGUGGAGCGCGCAGGCCGUUUUCUAUGGGCUCAAACACACCAAGUCGAUGUCGAUCCAACAGAUUCGGGGCCAGCUUGAAGACGCACUGCGGUCGAAUAAGUUGGCCGUGACGCAAGAGCUGCUGGAUAUGGAGUAUCAAUCGAACCAGGAGUUUCGGGAGUUGAAUGCGCAGGUUCGCGAGAAAACCAGUGGGGCUGGGGGUGGGAAAAGAAAGCAUACAGAAGCGAAGGGAAAGACAUCUGCUGUUGAAGGCUCGCCCCAGAAGAAACAACGCGUAAAAGCGACUACGACUUUAGACGCGCCUAAGAAACCGCGUGCAAAGAAGGCGACACCAACGCCAGCUCCCACUCCCAUGGAUGUCGAUUUUGAGGACGCAAAACCAGUCAAACAAACUGCAAAGAAGACUGGACCGUCAGCUCGUCAAGAUAUGCCCCAUACCUUCAACCCCUUUGGAGCUGGUGAGCCUGUCAGACGCACUGUCCAGACUGCCAGGAAAAGCACUGGACGUGCCGCUCCAAAACGACCUGUUGGAGUUAACGCCGCAUCGUCUUCUCAAGGCAUGCCGAGACAGACUGAUGCAACUUCGGGCUAUUGGACGAUUACCUGCCCCUACAUCACGCAAGAAUGGGACCACGAAGAUUUCUCGUUUAACAUUGUCAGUCGCGGAACGACCUUCGAGUGCGAGUUUGAGUUAGGCAUCAUCCACGGCUUGAUGCGCAGUAAUCGUGUCGAGCCUCGGGCUGACGGCGCGUAUGUUACCCUUGAGUGGGCUGGCAAAGAAGAGGAGGGCCCAGUUUGUUGUCCGACCAACGGGAGGACUGGCUUCAUCAAGUUUACGGGUCCUAAACUGAAGGGUAAACUGAAUUCCGUGCCUGCUUGCGGCCCAGAUCUUGCGUUUGAGGGUCAGUGGGUGGGUCCCCCAACUCGAAUUCAGGCGACCUGGGACGAUUAUAACCAGGAAGCUUAUGAACGAGCUAACAGGGCUCGUUGGGGACGGGGUGGAGGAUGGUAUUAA